ACGGAAGGAGAGAGAGGGAGAGAAGCGGAGCUUUCGGGAGAUUUUCUGGUAGGGUUGUGGUCGGAAAAGAUGUCAGGGAGGGGAAAGGGAGGAAAAGGCCUUGGCAAGGGCGGGGCAAAGCGCCACCGUAAGGUUCUCCGGGAUAACAUCCAGGGUAUCACCAAGCCGGCGAUUCGCCGCCUGGCUCGUCGUGGCGGCGUGAAGCGUAUCAGUGGGCUCAUCUACGAGGAGACUAGGGGCGUCCUCAAGAUCUUCCUCGAGAACGUCAUCCGUGACGCAGUUACCUACACGGAGCACGCUCGCCGGAAGACUGUCACCGCCAUGGACGUCGUCUACGCACUCAAGCGCCAGGGCCGCACCCUCUAUGGUUUUGGCGGUUGAUCUCGAUUGGCUUGUGAUCUGUUUGCGAGCCCGUCCGAUUCGCGUGAGGAAUGGUUGCUGGAUGCGUGUUUCCUUCCCUUUUCUUUGUUUUACUUUUAGGCUUCCUUUUCCCUUUCUGAAGUUGUAGGAUUUCAACCUGUAAAUUUUCCUUCCCUGAAUGGCUUCUCUUAAAAUGA